AUGCUCAAUCUGUACGAUAUUUUAACAGUUGCUUAUAAGGCCUUCACAAUACUCGAAUGUGGACAUAUUUACCAUAGAGUUUGUAUCGAGAAAAAAAUUAUCAAUACUGUACCAAGUACAUGUCCUUUUCUGGGUUGUGGAAAAAGCAUUGAUAUCGUUGAUGAGGGUUCAAGACGAGACUCUGUAUCUUCUCAAUUGAGUGGUACAUCAACUCUAGUUGGCGAAUUUACUCGUAAUAUUGAAAUUACUUCCCGAAUUUCAUCCCAGGGUCAAGCAAUGAAUCUAGAUGAAAAUGAAGAAACAGAGCAUCGGCAUGAGCCAGCUGAAGACCAAGUUGAAGAAUCAUCUGAUUCUACCAGUAAAAAGCGGACUAAUGAAGCUACGGAUAAAUCAACCGAAAAAUUCUCAAGUAAAAAAACCAAGAAAGAGAUUAAGGCAGAGGACUCUAUCGUAUUAAAAAGACUUAUCCGUGAGUUAUCUUUCGAUACCACUCGAAUUUCUGAAAUUAGGGAAAAGAAAGGACUCCAUAGAGAAUCUACACAAGAAGUAGAGGGUUCCAGAUUUUUUUUCGAUUUGUAUCUAAAAAUUUCAAAGGCGGAGGAACAAAACAAAAACACACAUCAUGAGGUCAUAAGGAGCUAUUAUAAUUUUGGAGAUGAACUAGAGAAACGUCUCGCUCAGUAUAGAGAAGCCAACGAGGAGCAUGAUGCUCUAAAGAAGCUCUAUGAUGAAGUUAGAGAUCAGCUUCCCAAAGAGGUUACCAAAAAUGCUCUUCGAAAGAAAGCAGACAGGGCGAGAAAGAUUUUUUUUCGUAUUACUGAUGACAAAAUUCAACGGGUGGUAUUCAUCCAACGAAUUAAAACGUUUUCGGCAACAUCUAUUUCAAAUUUAAGUUCGGAUAAUAUCAAAUAUGUAGCAUCUCAUGUUAGAAAGAAUACGCAAGUAUAA